GACAAGAUUUGUCCAUUCAAUACCGACUUGGUGUAAAAAAAAAUGAUCAGCUUAAUGACUAAAUGCCUCAAAAAUUGUCGAGUGAAAUUCCAGCAGACGGUACCGAAUCGAUGUUUACAUCCAAAAGUGUUAUUUCUAAGACCAGAUCCAACUGAAGUUCCAAAAAUUACCAAUGUUGAUGUGGUAGACUUUUUUGGAUAUCGAGCAGAGUUUCAAUCGGACUUUGAGAGUAUUGUUCAAGAAAGAAUGAAAAUGUUGGAAUUGAUGCCUAAAGCUCAGGAUGAGCUUCCACCAAGGACGAUGAAGGACAGCUUAGUUACGGCCAUCAUCCCGUUGAGCUCCAAUCGUGAACUCAGAGACCGGUAUUUGGCGGCCUCAGGUCAACUUCGUGCUGGAAGGUUACUCGAAGACACGGAUAUUUUUGCCGUUUACGCUGCAUACAACCAGUUGAAAAAUCCAAAAUCGGAGGCCGCAGGGGCAAAAGUUCCACACGUUGUAGUCACUGGUUGUAUAGAUACAAUUCAAUUAACGCCAGAUUUAAUUAAAAGUACAGAGGAUAUCAGAAUGUCUGCUCAUGUAUCUUACGUGGGAAAAACCAGCUUAGAGGUUUGUUUAUCAGUCGACCAGAAGCGCGGAAAUGCAUUCUCUGAAACAAUUUUUGAAGCUAUUUUUGUGCUAGUUGCGAAAGACGCAAUUGGUCUGGGCCCAGGAAUAGUAAAUCCUCUUAUUGCAGAAACCACAGAAGAGAAGGCAUACAUUGACCAGGCAAAGGAAAGACAGUCUCGGAGAAAGUUUGAUGCUCAAGAGUCACUAACACGACGUCCGCCUAAUGAGCUUGAGAGACAAUUAAUUCACAACAAGUUUUUGGAACGGACUAAACAGGGCUUUACGAGAGGAUUAAGUACAAAUCAGAAAUUAAUGGGUGAUACCAAGUCAAGCACGAUCUUCAUUUGCCACCCAAUGUUUCGAAACCACUUCCGGAAAGUAUUUGGUGGUUUUAUUAUGCGACAGGCAUUCGAAUUAGCAUAUAUGAACUCGUUUAUUUACGCCCGGCAACGUCCCUACGUUAUUGCGAUCGACGAUAUUGUGUUUCUACAGCCCGUUGAAAUAGGAUCGUUUCUUCGCUUCCGCUCUUGUAUUGGAUUUGUAAAGAAUAAUAUUAUUCACACGCCUGUUUUUGCUGAAAUUAUUGAUCCUGCAUCCGGCGAGGUUUCAGUGUCCAACGAAUUUAACUUCACAUUUAGAACAAACGAUCCGUCCAUCUCAGUGCCUGAUCUGACAUUUGACACCUAUGCGGAAGCCAUGACAUACGUCAAGACGUCACUAUAAUAAGAUGAUGAAACAAAGGGAAGAUAUUGCCAAUAUGAAAUAAUUGUCACGUCAAAUCUUAUUUUUUUUGUGGAAAUGCCUUUGAAAGUUUAUUUCAACACAAAUUUAAUCUUCUCCAGAAUUAUGUAAUAUAUUGAAGAUCGAAGUCUACGAUAUUAAAGUACAUGAUCAGAGUGCACAAAGCAACGCAUUGUUCCAGCUUCGAAUCAGUAUCUUGGUGUCCUAAUAUGUUUUAGAUAUUGAGGGAGGAUUUUCUCUAAUAUUUUAUGAGGGUAUGUGUACAUCCAUCUUUGUGUCG